UGGGUGCGGUCUCUGACCACAGCCUGUGUAGAUCAUCUUGCCGCGCACGCAUUCAUCACCUCCUACAUCCUGUCAGCUCUCCUGGCUCUGUGCAGCAACGUCUGAUGAGUCUCUGAGAUCCCUCACGCGUGUGGUCCCUGCCAUCCUUUCCAUCCAGAAGGACGGACCACCCAGUUCCCGCCACGGUCGAGGCUGGUGUUCCGAAGGAACUUCAAAGAAGAUUUGCAAGAAUCUGACCUGCAUUUUUCUUGAGAAGUGACUCACUAAAAACACGCCUGAACUUCACAGCGAUAACAAGUUUCCAUGUCGUGUUGUUUCCCCACAUUGUUCUGCCUGUGUUACUGCUGAUGUCAGAGGAUGAACACCAGACACUUCCUCGCUCUGGGGCUGCUCUGGGGAUCAGGGCUGCCCUGGGUCUUCGCCAGCUCUCCUUCCAGUCUGCUCAAUACCUCGCAAGUGCCCUCGUCUGGACCCCGCUGGGUGGUGAAUGGCUCCAGUGAAAUCAGCUCUGCGGACAACUCCAGCUCUGGUGCUACACCUUCACUGCUCACUACUCCCACUGCUUCCAGUUCAGUUGUGACCAGUGUGCCAUCUACUGGUGGAUCCAUCUCCUCAGCUAGUACGCCAUCUACCAGAGAAUCCAUCUCCUCGGCCAGGUCAAUACCUGCCAGUGUACCCUGGGAAUCCCCUGCACGCAUGUCCAGCACACCGGCCUCCUCCACCUCGGUUCACGUUAGCACCAAGACCAGUGCACGGUUGGAAUCCACUGCAAUGAUCACCAAACCACUCAAUUCCAGUGCCACCAGCCUCACCACUGCACCACAGAAAUCCAGUGAGCCAGUGACCAGCGGCUCUGUCGCUUACAGCAGUGCUCCACUGAAAACCAAUGUGCCUGCAUUCAGUCGCACCAGCACUACUGCCAGUGCACAUUCAAAGUCCAGUGCCCCCAACAUCACUGCCAGUGCCACACCGGAAUCCACUGUAAGUGAGAGUUCGGACACCACCCACAGUGCCACUGCGACGGUGUCACUCAGUCCCUGGACAACAUACAGCACAGCCCCUGGUCAACCCUACACACUUGGCACCACCUUGGCAGUCAUCUUGGUAGUGGCCAUAUUGAUCAUGGUGGCGAUCGUGGCCCUGGCUUGUAUCUGUCGCUUCCGGCGACGAGGGGACUACGCGGCCAGGCAUCCUGCCAAGGCUGGGGCCCCAUGGGCUGGGCCCGUGGCCCUGGGGCCUGAGGAGGGAGGAGGGGGUGGCGCAGAAGAAGAUCCUAACGGCCCCCCUGGCGAGGAGCCUCCACCUGGUGCCUCCCACCGCCUUUCCCUUGGCACUUUCUUCCACAAGCGUAAAUCCCGUGCACCCUCACUUGUCCUUGAGGCCUUCUCCCCCCUUCCCGAGGGUGAAGGCACAGAGGGUGGCGAGGCGCAGAGGCUGCUGGGGGCUGUCCCCUCACCCACCACCUCCCCCGACCCUCCCCCUCCUCCUCCACCUGAAGCAAAUGGUGACCACCCUGCGACCAUCCCUGAGGACACGAAUGCCCUCCUCCCUCCUCCUCUUCCAUCUCAGGAGGGAGAUGGGGGUCCUGAACUGGUUUAGGAGGACCGUGCCUUCCCAUAUCCUCCCCUUCCUCCAUCCUACCUUCCCUCCAUCUCACCAGACCCAGGACAAUACUUUCUCUCAUCCUCCUUCCAAAAGGGAGAGAGAGGGCCUACUGAGGUGAUUUAGGAGCUCUCUACUUUCUCUUCUUUCUCCCUCCAUCCCUCCUUCCCUUCCCUCCAUCCCUCCUUCCCUGCCCUCCAUCCCUCCUUCCCUUCCCUCCAUCCCUCCUUCCCUUCCCUCCCUCCCUCCUUCUUUUCCCUCCCUCCCUCCUUCCCUUUCCCUCUCUCCCCUCCCCCCAACAUCACUCCCCAUCCCAUCAGGUAAACAACAUCUCCCCUGCUAGGACAGAGAGGUAGAAGUUCUGCUUUACGAUCUAACUCCUCUCCCGUCCUCUCUUCCGUCCCAGCACUCAUGCCACCUCAUCUAUCUUUCCCCCAUCCCGCAGAAGGAGUGAUGCGGAGGGGAAUGUGCUCUGAACUGGUUUAGUAGCUCAACCACUCCUUCACCACUACCUCUUCCUCCUCUGUGCACCCCUCUGGAAAUGGGACGGCACUUCCACACCCUGCCUCAUCACACACAAAAUCCCACCCACCAGCACAGCUCUUCUAACAAGUAAAAUUGCUUUCUGCAAAACAGAGACGGAGGCAGGCAGAGAAGGGAGAAAGAGGGAGAAAUAGAGAGAGGCAGACAGAUGAGGAGAGAGAGGGAGAGAGAUAGAGAGAGAGAUGGGAAGGAAGAUAGAGAAGGUGUGAGAGGGAAAGAGGGAGAGACAGACAGAGAGUGAGGGGGUGGGGAGAGACCAGGGGUUCCCAGCUGGGGUCCAUGGAUCCUUUGGUUAAUGGUAGUGAUCCAAGGAAUUAAAAAGGUUGGGAACCCCUGGAAGAGAGGAAGUGAGAGAGAGGAAGAGAGAGAGAGAUUAUGGGUUAAAGAGAAAGGAAGGGGAAGGGAGAGAGGACAGUGAGGGAGAGAGAGGGAGAGAGAGAGAGAGAGAGAGGGGUGUGGACAGGGUGAAAGAAAGAGAGGAAAACAUUGAAUUCCUCCCCACUGCACUGCGCAACUUACCUGCCGUCUCCUUUGUCCAUCUGUUUCCCAACUGGGAGACCGAAGUAAGAGGCAAAACUAGAGAGCGGCGGGAGAGGGGAAGGGGGAAUGGCUGUUGACAAUGCCUUUCCCCAUUGUUUUCUGGGGGAGUCUCCCCUUCACAUGGAGAUUUGAUUAAUGUUUCCUGAAAACUGUACAAUCUAAUAAAGUUACA